CUGUGGGAUGAGAGGGUGAGAGCGAGCUGCCCUGGGCUCCCACAGUCUCCUCUUGAUGUCUGUUUGCAGCGUGCUGCCGCUCUGUCCAGGCAGCUCCUGCAUUACGGAGACAGCGGAUCCCUGCGAAGCAGCUCAUGCAGCCCAGCGCAGCCCAGUCCGGCACUCCCUGCAACGGAAGGCUCUGAGAGAGCGCUGCAGGUAGCGAUCCCGGCUGUGCCGCGCUGCAGAGAGCGCGGACAGGAUCUGCGCAAAUCCUGCGUGCGGAUCGAUACCUGCAGAGCCUUCGGGGAGCCUUUCUUUUCCCAUUUCUGCCGGCUCCCUCAGCACCCCGACAGGGACCGAGGCCGAUCCCGAUCGCAGCUCUGUCUCUGCGGUCCCGCAGAUAUUCCGGAACGCGUGGCGCUACGGGACGAAUCGGACUGUUCGGGGUCCGCCUUCCAGAAGGAAACGGGGCGGGCAGGGCUGCGCGGAAAGCCUGGAGGGCAGCGAGGACUCGCAUCCGCCUCAGCGGUUCGACGAGACACGCACUUGGGUUCCACGUCUUCCAGCGCAGCCCAAGCGACAGCGGGUGGAGAGGAGGUGGAGGAAGACCGACGGUUUUCUGUCGGCAGAGGUGACGGGAGCAGCGGCCAAGCCAGUUCUCCGGGCCGAGUAAGUGUGCGUGGGCUCCGCCCGCAGACUCCGCAGCUCGGCUACGGCCGCAGCCCGGGCCGAGGGGACGCGCGGCACCAGGGGUUGGGGGAAAGAGGCGGAGAGGGCCUCGGCGGAGCCGCGGGGAUCGAUCCCUUUCUCCUCCCGUCGCAGCCCCUCUUCCCCGCGAGCAGUUCAGGUUUUGAGAAGACCGGUGCCGCCCUUAAGCCGGCAGAAGGCUUUCGCCGGCGCUGCCGCCAGAAACGGGUGGGGAGUAAGAGCAGGAGCGGCGGCCACCCCCGGAAGCUCCGCGGGCAGCGGAUCUUCACUGUUAUCAAUUGAAUAAUGGACAAAACGUCAAGAAGCCAAUAAUUGAAUUUAUUGAUUAUAACGAGCAAAGAACAAAGAGGCAAUGCAGCUCUGGGCGACAGAGGACUCUACGUUCCACCAACUGCCGCAAGGUUUGGAUCGGCACGCGGUCCUUUUGUGUCCUAUUGUGGUGUACUCUGCACAUGAUCCCGUUGUUACUAGGGGGUCUUAUUCUGCCUCCUGGCGGCCGCGCGGACCGAAGCAAGCAGUUUUCCUCUGUAUCCCCCCCCCCGACGCCUUCUGGUGAUUUCCAUCCAUGGCACGUCACUCGCACUGGCGAAUCCCAUUGGCCGCUGUGCACUCGCUAACCCCCAAUCAUACCCGUGCAAGUUCCCUGCCUGCGCGAGGAAACAUGAAAGCAAACAAGCCACUCGGCAGGGAAGUGGGGGAACAAACACAAGGGGAGGGAGCAAAGAUCGACCAUGUUGCUUUGCCCAUCAGCCCUGGACAAACAUUCCUCCUCUUUGACACUCACGGCCCGAGUCUCGCCCGCAGCGCUCGGCCGUCGCGGUCCGUAUGCUGCUCCCGUCGCGCGGUGGUGCUGCCCGGCGGGGAAGGUGCUGGGAACGGCGGCGGCGGAGCUGUCGGCAAGGGAGCCGAGAAGCAGCCCGACAGCGGAAAGCCUCUGAAUGGGGAGUGAAGAGCCGUGGCGCCGCUCCCGAGCAGAAUGCUGGUGUCGUGUCAUUCGUCAUCUGUAACCGUGAGGAAGCCGGAGCUCUGAGAGGAAUCGGGGCUGCAACGAGAGCAUUUCCCAAGUCCCGGGAUGCCUGCGCUGUCCCGAGUGCGGUUCCUGCGAUGAUCUCUGCCUCUGGGUGCAGUCACACAGCUACCUCCAGCAACAGGAGCUCCAUGGGAACGGGAGGGCACCUGGAAGGCCUCACCUUUCCUCAAAUGGCCCGGGAGUGCACGUGUCUGCAGCAGGGACCUUAGGUGGGCAUGUUUGUAAUUGAAGCCAGGGAGUUUUGUACCACAUCUUACACUGGCAACCCCAAGAUUAGUGUUCUUCCUCUGAAAAAGGAAAUUACAUUGGUUUUACUGACAGCAUCAAGACCACAUUAAAUUUCACUGGAACAGCU